GGAAGAAUGGUUGGGAGAGACCAUUGUUUGUAGACAUUUGGGCAAUGUUUGGGAAUGACCUCAGCGCGUAUGAAUGGGGAGGGUCAGGGUGAAUGGAUGCGCAGGUAACAGGUUUGAAUGGUGCCCUAGGCAGGAGUUGGAUUCUGACAGAGAACAGAGGCUCUGAGAUGUGGGUGAACAACAGGUGCAAACGCCCCACUGACGGAAGAGUUAAGGACCUACCUGCAGAAGGAGGGUCUGCCUGUUGGAAUGAGUUGACCUGUAGCAGCCCUGCCUCACCCUCACUUCAGCAUCCAGAGCCCAAGAGCCGAUCAAGGACAGACUCCACCUCAUGAAGCCGGGAGAUGGAGAAGUGGAUCCCGGAGAACCCCCAGACUGUCUGGGGUUCGAUCCGUCUCACCUGAGGACACACCAGGAGGAUGCUGAGGACCCAGAAGAGGCGCCCGGAGGAGCCGAGGCGGAGGCGGGGACCCUGGUGCAGUUCAUCGACGAGCACGGGGCGUACUCGACCGCGCGCCUGGUGCCCGACGGUUCGGCGGAGGAGCGCUCCGAGAAGCGGGGGCCAGGCUUGCUCCGCGCCGGCUCUGAGGGUCGGGAGGGGCUGGCGCGGCCCUGGCGGUUCAGCUGCGCCGCCUGCGGGAAGGCCUUCAAGCGCGCGUGGGAGCUGCUGAGCCACGAGGUGGUGCACACGGCCGCGCGGCCCUUCCGCUGUGGCUUGUGCACGGCCGCCUUCAAACGCCACUCGGACUGCAAGAGUCACCGGCUGGUGCACAGCGACGAGCGGCCGCACUGCUGUGACGCCUGCGGCAAGCGCUUCAAGCGAGCCAGCAACCUGCAGGAGCACCGCCGCAUCCACACGGGCGAGCGUCCCUUCCCCUGCCAGUCCUGCCCGAAGCGCUUCAAGACCCCCUACGAGCUGCACCGCCACGAGCCGCUGCACGCCCCCUCGCGGCCCUUCCCCUGCCCGGACUGCGGCAAGGCCUUCGCGGCCGGGCCGGCCCUGCUCCUCCACCGGCGGCAGCACUGCGUGGACAAGCCGCACGCGUGCGGGGUGUGCGGCAAGCGCUUCAGCUACAGUCACAGCCUGCGGGUGCACGAGCGCGUGCACACAGGCGAUCGGCCCUUCGUGUGCCCGCUGUGCGCCAAGGCCUUCAAGCAGUCCAACGCGCUGGCCUCUCACCGUCGCGUGCAUUCGGGGGAGCGGCCCUACCGGUGCGCCACGUGCGGCAAGGCUUUCAAGCAAUCGUCCUACCUGGCCAUCCACCAGCGCACGCACACGGGCGAGCGGCCCUAUCCCUGCGAUGCCUGCGGCAAAGCCUUCUCCAGGCCCUCGCUGCUCCUGCAGCAUCGCCGGGUGCAUAGCCCCCUGCGCCCCCACGCCUGUCGCUUCUGCCCCAAGCACUUCAAGGACCUGAACUACCACGCGGUCCACGAGAGGCUGCACACGGGAGACAUGCCCUACAAGUGUAGUCUCUGUGGCAAGGGCUUCGCGCAUCCCAGCAACUUGCUGCAGCAUCAGAGCGUGCAUCCGGAUGGGUGAGGGUGGGGUGUGGGGCCUCGAGGAGGCCAAUGAGAGCUCCGUGUCCCCAGAGCUGGAAUGGGAGGGAACCGGGUCCAGUGGACGCCCGGUUUCAGACAGCGCCGUCCAAUAGCAUCUCUGCAGAAACACUCUGCAUCUAGGCCGUCCAGUGUCUUAGCGACCAGGCACCUGUGGUUCCUUUGAGCGUUUGAAACAUGGUUAGUGCCCCUGUGGACGUGAUUUUUUUCUUUUUUUUGGAGGGGUGUAACUUUUUAGUUUGCAGUCCUUUAAGACUCACAAGAAGUUGCAAAAAUUAGCACAGAGCUUUCCCAUGUACCCUUCACCCAGCUCUCCGCCAUGGAUGCCAUCUUAGAUAGUCUUCCUGGCACCGUGUGCCCGCGUGCGUGCUCAGUCCUGUCUGAUUCUUUGUGACCCCAUGGACUGUAGCCCACCAGGCAGGCUCCUCUGUCCAUAGGGUGUCCCAGGCAAGAAUACUGGGGUGGGUUUCCAUUUCCUUCUCCAGGGGAUCUUCCCGACUCAGAGAUUGAACCUGCGUCUCCUGCACUGGCAGGCGUGUUUUUUGUUUUUUGUUUUUUACCACUGAGCCACCUGGGAAGCCCCAGCAUACUGUCAAUAACCAGGAAAUCGAUUCCCAUAAGAUUCUGUUAACUCAGGUACAGAUCUUAUUCAGAGUUUGUCAAAACAUAAGUGACUAUUUAAGCUCACUGAAUUUGAAUCAAUUUCCCUUUAAACAGCCACUGUUAUCUAGUUGCUGCCAUCCUGCACAGUGCAAGUCUAAGGCUUGAAGGCAUGAGGGGUGCCCGGCAGUGGCUGUGAUAUUUGAAGAAUUGCUGCACACGCCCAUGUGAGACGCUUAAUAUUCUUGAGAAGGACUUUGCAGAGGACCUUUAACAAAGCCUUCCCCCCCCCCCCCCCCGCCUUUAAAAGCCAAGAGGAAAGUUUAUAAAUCUCAUUCCAGGGCAGAAAGUACACACAUUCAAACCCAACACACUGGUAUUAUGUGGUGUAAAUGUACAUGGUAAUAACUAUGAUCAAAUCACAGCUGCUUCCGGGUGUAGCCUGUUAUGUGACCCUGUGGCUGUUUCGGCAUUCCUCAUAACUAAAACAUUAACGUGGUAAUGGGAUCAUGUGGUCAUCUUGUGUCUUCCCAUACAUAAAAAAGUGCUGAAUUCCUUCACUUGGAAUAUCUGGCUUUCCUUAAUUAACAAUAAUCAUUUGAUGUUCUGACUACCUGCCCUUUGUUGCAAAACCUCUAUAUGACCUGGCUCGUCCCCUUGCUUCCUCAGAGCAGUUCUCUCAGGGUCAUUUGAGAUGCUGCCUCCCAGGCUUGAAGUCCUAAAAAUUCCCACCGAAUAAAACAUAACUGUCAACUUUUA